GCACUAUCCCACGCUUGGGCUAGACGGCCCCGACUAACCAGAGCUCUGAUAAAGCUGCCUCCAGUGUAUCCCACGCUAAGCUGUCGCCCAGUGGAUGUCCCCUUACAAAGCUUUCUGGGGUGGGACUUAUUGAAAGUGAAUUCACAUCGUUUAGAAUGGAUAAAAACUGAAGACAUCCACCAUGCAGGCACAACCCAUGAAGUUCCUGAUAGCUGUGAUGGUAGUCACUUUAGCUCAGGGUGGGAAAAUCUUGAUCAAACCAUUUGGACAGUGUUGGGGAUCCCACCUCUUAAACCUUGAGUUUCUAGCAGGAUUCCUUGUUGACAAAGGACACGAGGUUUAUUUCAUAGCACCAAGCAGAUAUGCUGGACCAUAUAACCCUUAUGCCAAGAACUUUAAAAAUAAAGUCCAUUUGAUCAAAUACACCACUCCAGAAUUCGAGAUGGAACAUUCAUUCCAAUCUUGUGAUACAUCUGAUUCUAUUGACAAUAUCAGGAAAGAGAGCCCUACAAAGCAGCUUCAUUAUAGAAUGUCACACGAGUUUAGCCACUGUAAGGCAUUAUUCAUGUCAACUGGCUCUUUGAAACGCAUCAAGAAUCUAAAAGCCGACUUGGUUAUAACAGACAGUCUGGCAGUGUGUGGGAGUAUUUUAGCUACCUAUCUUGAUAUUCCAUAUGUGACUGUUGAUAUGGUGCCAGGUAGUCACAGGUCUGUUUGGGAUUUGCCUCACACCCCAUACCUACCCAGUGUUGAUAUGCCAUUCAGUGAUCAAAUGACAUUGAUGGAAAGAGUGCAGAACUCGGUCUCCCAAUAUUUUCUUCAACCCAUUCAAAACUAUAUUUUCAGAGGCUACUUUUUAAAUCCGUUUAGGGAAUUGUUGGAGUACUGUAAUCUUACUGAUGUAACUUUAACAGAUCUUGUUAACCAUGGAGCUGCCUAUAGAAUUUACAACACCGAUUUUUCAAUAGAGUAUCCAAGCCCAUUGCUUCCAAAUAUGGCUUUCAUUGGUGGAUUUUUUAAUACUGGAUCUAGACCUUUAGAAAAAGAGGUGACUUUGUUUCUUCAAGAUGUUGAGGAAAAGGAGGGCUUGGUCAUUGUGAGCAUGGGAUCUCGAACCCGCUAUGACAUCCAGUGGGGUAAUCUAUUCGCUAAAGCUUUAGCACAGUUACCAUGUAAAGUCAUAUGGAGACACAUACCUGACACAAAUGAUCUCGAUGAUUUCCCAAGUGAACAUGGUAAAAAUACAAUGAUUGUGAAGUGGCUUCCUCAAAGAGAAUUGCUCUCAAAUCCUAAAACUAAACUGUUCGUAACUCAUGCAGGAGCAGGGUCUAUGUUUGAAGCAGUAUAUCAUGGUCUUGACCAUUCCUUUAAUUGCUGA